AUGGUUGACGGGUCGAGUGCAACACACCACGGCAGCCCUGUUGAUAUCUGUUUGGGUCUGUGGAUGUGGUCUGCGGUGGGCGCGUGUCCGCGCGGCCGGCACCGUGUGCGGCACAGGGCCAUUGCGGCUGUGCGUGCGGCGCUGCUUGUUUUGUUGUCGCUGGUUGCGGCGGCGGCGUGGGUGCCCGCGGUGCAUGCGGUGGUGUUGCGACUGCGGGGCGGCACGGUGGACAGAGCCAUCACGGUUGGCCGCGCCGUGGACACGGUGCUGAUGGACGGCGUGUCCAUCACGAACGGCGUGGCCGUGGUGUUCGACGUGGCGGCGAUGCUUCCCGGCGCUCUGCGCAUCGAACUGAGGAACUGCGUGUGCGACGGCGGUGCGCAGAUCUACGUGCGGGGCUACAGCGGCGAGCCGGCGAGUGACCGGAGCCUGGAGGUGAGUGUGAGCGGGCUGUCCGGUGACUACUGCUCGCUUGUGUUUGUGCACAACCUGCCGGCACACACGAACGUGACGGUCCGUGACUCGACGAUUGUGACGGCGGGACCGAUGCGCUACUCGCAGCUGAGCGGGCUGACGGACGCUGUGGCGUCGCCGCUUGUGCUGCACGCGACGUCACUGUUGCAGUCGCAGCUGCGUGUGAGCAACACUGUGCUGAGGUCGUUGCAGGCGGGCGGGUCGGCGGUGUACGUUGGCGGCGGCGUGGACCUGCUGUCGAGCGCUGUGGUGCUUGACGGCGUGUCGCUGGAGGCGUCGGGCGGUCUGACCGCGUCCGCGAUGCGUGUGGCGUCCUCGUCGCGUCUCAGUCUGCGGAGCCACUCGGUGUUCUCCGUGACGAACGUCUCGGUUGUGAGCAGCGGCGGCGGCCUUGUGCUUGGCGAGCGCCUCGAGGUGGUUGAUUCGGUGCUGCGCUUCGUGGGCGUCGAGGGGUCUGUCGCGUCGUCGCUGGUGCGCUGCGACGGUGGAACGAUCGGUGGCGGCGGGUGGCUGGACCUGCACGACGUGUGGGCGGUGGGCGAGACGUCGUCCGUGGCAUCGCUGUCGGGGGUGACGCUGAGCGGCGGCACCGUGUCGAUUGCGCGUUGCGCUGCCACUGGCGCGACGCUUGUCGCCGGACCGGCGAUCACGAGCGGCGUCGUGGCCGUGCAGUGCAACCGUGCCGGCGGCCGGGUGCUGCGGAGCAGCGGCGACUACCGCAUGGCCGGCCUGCCCUCCGUGAGCGUGGUGCCGUGCGGCGGCUGUGCGGCAGUGCUGGCGUGCUUUGAUGCGCUGACGGCGUCGUUCUCUGACUGCGUGUGCAGCUGCCUUGCUGGCGGCUUGGGCGAGACGUGCCUGCCGUUCGACGUGCCGCCUGCGAGGGCCGGCGGCGGUGGUGGCGGUGCGCCGGGCUGCGUGAGUGGCGUGACGCUGACGGAGUCGGUGACGGUUGGCGGCGGGCGUGCGACGGCGUGCUUCGACUCGGUGGUGUUCAGCGGGCCGAUCACUGUGGCGGUGGACCUGCGCUCGAUGGACGCGUUUGCUGACGCGCUGAACGUGACGCUGCACCACUGCGUGCUUGCGGGCGGUGUGCGGCUGCGGAUUGGCGGCCUCAGCGAGAGCACGGCGCGCCUGGUGCCGUACGCCCUCGUCAACGUGACGAAUGUGACGUCGCUGGAGGGCACGAUCGUGCUGCAUGGCGCGAUGCCGCCGAACUCGAGUGUGCUGCUGGCGAACUCAACGCUGCGCGCGACGGUUGGCGGGUCGCAGUACGUGACGACGACCCGUGGCCACGAGGAAUUUCGGUACGGCCCCGCGCUUGUCCUGGACGGCGUCCGGCUGCUGUCGACGCGGUUUGUCGUGACGCGGUCGACGAUGGUGUGUGGCGGAGGCUCGUGCGCUGCGAUCCUCGUGGAGCGCGGCUUUUGCGCGAACCUGUCCAGCACCUUCUACAUGGACAGCUGCGUUGUCAAUGCGCAGAUGCACGUGAUUUACGCCCUUGCGUCGGACCUGCGUGUCAGCGGCGGCUCCGUGUUCUCCAUACAGAACAGCUCGUGGAGUGCGCCGAGCACCGAAUAUUACAGGGGCGCGUGUGUGUUUGAGGGCGUUGUGGUGGAUGGCGGCAGCGUGCUGCAGAUUGUGUCCAGCACUUUCCGUCUCGGCUUUGCCAUGCUCAUUGCAACCACGCUGACCGUGGCUGACGGCAGCUGGCUGGUGCACCGCGACAACGAGUUCCGCACCGCCUACGUUGUGUACGUGGCCAGCUACUACGGCAUGGCGUUCCGCGAUCGGAGUGUGUGGUCGAUACUUGACAACAACUUCAACUACGGCUCGUACUCGUCAACCAUCGCAUACAUGACAAGCAACUGGUCACCAACAUCCGACGCGCGCCCGACCAUCUACGGCGUCUGCAACGAGGCAAGGGGCUCUCCUCUGACGAAUUACGGAGAUGACCUCAAUAUUGUGGCGCCCGUGAGGGUGUUGGACUGUGGUGCGUGCACCAUGGACGCCGUGUGCUUUGCAGCGAGGACGAGCAGCAUCAGCGGCUGCCGGUGCGUGUGCGCUGCUGGUGGCUACGGCGACACGUGUCUGCCGGCUGCUGUUCCGGACGGUCUUGGGCCGCUCCCGCUCCCCGAAGCGGACGACACGGAGAUCCGCUGCGUGCACGGUGGCAUCAUCAGCUCCGUGGACUAUCCUGAUCCCGGUGUGCGUGGUCUGUGCUUCGUCAACGUGACCUUCACCGCCGCGAUUGUGCUGGACCUGUCGUAUUUCGACGCGCCACAACAGACACUCAACAUCACGCUGCUGCAGUGCGUUUUCAUGGGCCUGUCGAUCAAGGGGAAUGGUGCGCAUGUGCACGUGAGCGUUGUCUCCUCGAUGCUGGACGCCGGAGCGUUGGAGUUUGAGGGCCAUUUUGGCGUGAGCUCCCUGAUACUGGUGGUUGGCAGUGCAACUGUGACGACGUCAUAUUACGCCAUUUUAUUUUUGGAGUUUACUCUCGGUGCGAACUCGACGCUGCUGCUACUCGACAACCGCAUCGAGGGGAAUAGGUACGCAGUUUAUUUCCCCGUUGCUGUUGUUGUUGAUGGUGGCGGAAUCAUUGUGAAGGGAAAUGUGCUGAUGACAACGGAUAAUAGACGCCGUAUGGGAUCAGCCGUUUGUUUACACGCUGUUGAUGUGAGGAACGGCGGCUACUUUGACAUUGAGAACAACACGAUGAGAGCGGCCAUUGGCAUCGAACUGUUUUUGCAUGCCACCGUGAGCUCCGCGGGGCUGCUGCGAGUGGCGGACUGCACCUUCGUUGGCAGGAAGGAGAGUUUUGAUUCCACGCUAGUGUUUUUGGACGGUUCUGUGACACUCGAGGGUGGAGCGCAGUGGCGUGUGGAGGGCAACAAAGUGAGCGCAGCCUCAUUGUUGAGUAUGCCACUUUCCAAGCACAAAAUGAGGCUGUCGGGCAGCAGCACCACCGUGGUGCUAUCAAACAACCGUCAGGUAGACGAUAGUUAUUCCUUUGCUGAUCUGGCUCUGCCGAGCAUGGUCAAGAAGCCACCCGCGCGGUUGGUCGUUGGGUGCAACCUGCAGGGGGAUGAGGAGGUGUCGUACGACGAUGUGUUUCUUGGGGACGUGGAGGUGUUCAGGUGCGGCACGUGCGACGACGACGCGGCGUGCUACAUGCCCGGGACGGAGUUGGUGGACCGCGGCUCGUGCUCGUGCAGCUGCAAGAACGGAUGGCAUGGCGCGUCGUGUCUUCCCCUCGAGGUGCCCGACACGGUUGUGCCGCCCGUGGCGGAGAGAGCCGUCGACGGCGACACGAGCUGCGUGGUGGACCAGACGCUGACGAACCUCACGCUGAACAUGUGGAAGACGCACCACUGCUACGCGGGUGUGACAUUCAGCGGCGUGGGUGCUACGCUGACUUUUUUCUUUGACAGUAUGCCGCUGCAUCUCCCCAUCAACAUCACGUUCACCGGGUGCACAUUCCGUGACGGAGCCGCGCUGCAGUUUGUUGGGGGUGCUGGGGCGGCCGAGUCAUCCGGCGUCCUGAUCCGCGUGAGCCAGACGGUGAUGCGGUCCUCUGUUGUUGCGUUUAUACGUGCCCUCCCGCAGCACUGCGACGUUGCCGUCACGGAGGUUGACGCGGUGCAGUCUUCUGAGGUCCAUCUGCCGGACACCGGGAGGAACAAGCUUAGCGUACUGUUACUGAAGAAUGUUGUGCUGAGUGCGUCUUCGCUGCUGGUCAGCAAUGUCAAUGCGCUUGCAACGAAGCAAGAUGCGUAUGGUUUGUACUCGACCGGGACGCUGACGCUGGUGGGUGGCAGCUCUCUUUACACGCGGUACUGCAGCUUCGAUGGAUACGCACACAUGCUUUACAUGAAUAUCCUCAGUGUCAGUGAUCACUCUGUUUUUGCGCUGCUCAACAGCACAAUGUCCUCCGGGGAAAGUCUUCUGUAUAUGCGCCACGGAUUGAGCGUGUCGGAUCACAGCGUGUUGCGCGUGGUGGGGAACAGCGCUCCCGUGCCCUGCGCUAUCUAUGCAUGCCAGAAGUGGUCUCUUGAGCUGUUAAGCUGGCUGGGAUGGCGCGACAACGACGUGGGAGUGGGUG